GUCUAACCUAACCAGUAACCAUGGCUCCUAAUUACUAUGGAAGAAUCUGGAAAGGAGUGGCAUAAGCGUAGCAUUACAACGAAAGAAAGCCCGAUUUCCAGAAGCCAAAAUCCAUUUCCUAUAUAAACGUCAGAAAGAGAGCCAUAGUUGGGCGUGGCGGGCUUACAAUUGGAGAAACCCAAAUUUCAAUUUAUAGUUUGUCCAAUCUCUUCAUUUCCAAAACUUCCCACCAAUCAUCACUUGUAAACCACUUGAAAAACCCGUAACAAUCAACAGCCUUGGUCCGAAAUGGGGAACCGAAGGUUCGCUCAGGUGUCCACUAGCGACGAGGACGAAGCCCUGUUACCUACUCGACGGUCUCGGUCCGAAGACAAGAGGCAAGAAAGGAAGAGGAAGAAAAUGAAGCUACAAGAGGAGGACGAUGAAGAGGUUGAAGAGAGGGAAUUAAAGAAGAAGAAGAGGAAGAAGAAGCGAGACGAGUAUGAAGAAGAAGAAGAGGAGGAGGUGGAGGAGGAGGAAGAGGGAGUGCAGGAGGAUGCGAAGCCCAUAGGUGAAUCUGUUAGGUUUUCUGGGAAAGGGAGAGGAAGGAGGAGUCAUUAUGAAGCUUUUGAGUUUGAUGGCAAUCGAUAUGAUCUCGAGGAUCCUGUUCUUUUGGUUCCUGAAGAUAAGGAACAGAAGCCUUAUGUCGCAAUCAUCAAGGACAUUAGUCAGACUAAAGAUGGGAGCAUUAUGGUUACUGGGCAGUGGUUUUAUCGCCCUGAAGAGGCUGAGAGAAAAGGUGGCGGAAGCUGGCAAUCGCGUGAUACACGAGAGCUGUUCUAUAGCUUCCACCGGGAUGGGGUUCCAGCAGAAUCUGUGAUGCACAAAUGUGUGGUGCACUUUGUUCCCAUACACAAGCAACUUCCAAACCGUAAACAGCAUCCAGGUUUUAUUGUGCAGAAAGUUUAUGACACUGUGGAGCGAAAGCUUUGGAAACUAACUGAUAAAGAUUAUGAGGAUAAUAAACAGCAUGAGAUUGAUCUUCUUGUUCAGAAAACAUUAUCACGUUUGGGAGAUCUCCCUGACAUUGAGACAGACGAUACUGCCGCUGUUAUUGAUCAGGAAGAUCAGUUGAAGGCAAAAAGAACUCUUAGGAAAAAGAACAUGUCACCUCUUGAUGUUUCGAGGGAUGAUGAAGGAACUACCAGGUCUGAUCAACAUCUCAGAGCUGAAACUCCUGGAAGCUGUACGAGUAAUACCACUGAAUACUACACAAUUUUGUCAAAAUUUAAGGUCCUAACUGGAGAAACCCAUCGUGAUAAGUGGAUGGAGAGGCUUCUCCAAGGAGUUCAGUACAUGUGUAGUUCUCCUGAUAGCAUGCAUAUCGAUGACAAAGGAAAAGGUGGUUCGGAUAGCGUGGAACGUGAAAAAGGCACUAAGAGUUCUGGAGCUGCAAAUGGAUCUCUAGAAAAGACUUUAAAUGGUGGCAAGUCUUUUCUGUGGCCAGAUGCUGCUGUUCCUGCUGUAACUGCACUUGAGAAGGCCUCACAUGAUUCUCUUUCUUCUGAUUUCCAGAAAUAUAACCAGAAAUUACGCCAGCUUGUGUUCAAUCUGAAGAACAAUCCAUUGCUAGCGAGACGUCUAUUAAAUGGAGAACUGGAACCUUCAACAAUACUUAACAUGUCACCUAAUGAGUUAAAGGAGGGUUUAACUGCAGAAGAGACAGCGAAAAAAGAGCCUGAUGAAUCAGAGCGCAUGCAGAUGACUGAUGCUCGGUGCUCAAGAUGCAUGGAGUUUAAAGUCGGUCUAAGGGACAUUAUUCAAGCAGGACAUGGAGACCGCUAUCAGUUGGAAUGUAUUGCUUGUGGGAAUUCCUGGUAUGCUUCUAGAGAUGAGGCAUCUUCACUUACAAUAGAGCCAUCAAGUUCUGUCAGAGGUGCUCGCAUGGGAGCAUCAGCCAUGACAAAGCCCGAAAUUCCUGAGAAGAAGUUGGUUAGUCCUUGGGAGUCAUCAGUCAUGACUAAGCUUGAAAUUCCUGAGAAGAAGUUGGUUAGUCCCCGGGAGUCUGAAUCGACGAAAAAGGUGGAGUAGGAAUUUUGCUGGGUAUUAGGAGCAAAUUUGACCUUGUACAGUUAAAUGUUGUGUAUGUGACCUAGUGUUAUAGUUAAGCAAAGAGCAGGGUUGUUACCAUUAGUUAGUCAUUACGUUACAGGCAUAUACAUACAUCUAUAUGGAGGUUAGGGAAAGAUUGAGAUUUCAGCAAGAAUUCUGAAUUUAUUCUCAGAAUUCAAGUUGAAUUAAGUGUUACUUCUACAAUCGAUUGAAUGUAUAGGAGUGGUGGCUGUUCCUUUAGUUUUUCGUUGCGAUUGUAACAACAUUGAAUUUUACCGGAGCCUGGAUUUUAAAUAUCAAUUAACCCAUUUUCAGUCAGGAUUUGCUUU